UGUUUUAAUGAAGUUCCUUUUAGUCAUACACACACACACAUGUUGCAUGUUGACCCAAGCUUCCUGGAAUGAUAGGCAUCCAUCUGUAACUGACCUGCUGGCUUUCUGAUUUCUGAAAUCGGGAAGGUGGGGGUUCUGGUUGGUGCAGAGGGAGGGUCAGUGUAAAGGAAAAUAGUGGGAAGUAACAGAAGGAGGAGUACAGAGUGCCAGCACGGGAGAAGGGAGGUAAUGUUGGUGAAAGAGUCCCUGAGAGAAAAGGCACAGCACAGUGAAGAUCAGUGAGACGGCGUGGGAAGAAAAGAGAAGCUGGUAGUUAAGAAGUAAAGAACUGUUAAAAAAAAAAAAAAAAAAAAAAACUGGUAAACUAAGUCAGGCAGUUUAGCUGCUUAGUAAAAGUGCCCGUUCCUAGGGCAGAACUAAAAGCUUAGGCCCUUAGGGCCAGGAGUAUGGGACAGAGCUUCUCUCUGGAGACAACAUCUCAGGACUUUAGUACACACACUGAUGAUGAAGGCAACCACCAGCACAAUAGCACAGGAAGUGAUGGCGGGAAUGCAGGAGAUGGCACUCCACCCCCUAAACGCAAGGGAAAGUUCUCUACCCUUGGCAAGAUCUUUAAACCCUGGAAAUGGAGGAAGAAGAAAAGCAGUGAGAAGUUUAAGGAAACUUCAGAAGGGCACAUUAUUCUGCUGAAAGAGGCCACAGACAUCAGGGAAUACCGUUUCCAUGAAAGGGCUUGCCUUCUUCCCACAGGAGCCAUGUGUUCCCCAGUUUUGGAAAGAAAGAUGUCGAUGAGAAGACCAAGGGAGGAGCUAAUAGAGCAAGGAGUGCUUAAGGAGCUUUCUGACAAUGAGGCAGCUGAGGCCCAUGGCUCUAAGCCACCAUAUAUAAAGAAUGGGCAUACAUUACCUGUAGGGGGCAGCAGUGUAGGUGGAUGUAGGGGAAUCAAGCCUGUGCAGCCCCUGUCUGAUGAAUUCAGGAACCAUGAGCGCAGGAGUCGUGACCCGACCGACGCAGAGCUGCGCGUGAUGCUCAGCCAUGAGGAUGGCGGACGAGGUCCACGGGUCACCAUGGAUGAGUGGAAACCCAGUGUGGGCUGGCAGUUAGAGGACAUUAGGUAUGGAGGCAGAACCCAUUUAGAUGUGGAGAAAAGGCCCGGACUUAUGAAAGGUCUUUCCGAAGACGGCCGUAAAAGUCGACCCGAGAACGACUGGAAGCCCAGCCUGCCGCGCCAUGCUUCUGUAGAGGAUGGAAGAGGAAGGAGAGAAUCCGACAGCAGUCACUAUGUUCCGGACAUUGAGGCUCUGAGGGACACCCUGCGAGAGCCAUUGCCUCCCAAACAGCCUGGCGCGCCCCCCAAAUGGUUGAUGAGCUCCACCCCUCAGCCUGGCACUGAGUCCCAGCUUCACAUGCCCAUCCACAGUUCUGCCACUUCCUUUUCCUCCUCCGCCUCCUCUAAUUCUCCAUCAUCCUCAACACCCAUAAGUGCAAAACCACUGCGAGCCGUCUCAUCCGCUGGGGGCAACAUGCCCCAUGUUUCCUCCUCUGGCCAGUCUGCCACCUCUGGUAUGGGGACAAUGCAGCCUGCCAAGCAACCCCCACUUCCUCCACCCAAACCAGUCAACCGCACCACCAACACCGCACUGCUAGCAACCACCCUGCACAGGGGUGAGCCCUUUCCCCUCUACUGGUCCUGCUGGAAGCGUGAGGCGGACUAUGAUGUAUACCUGUCCCUGCCUGUGUACUUAUACCGUCGAGCAGGAGGCGGGCGCACAGCUGAACUUUCACAAGUGGCAGCCGGUGCCUUUCCAGUUCCAGCUAAACCAUCUCCACCCAUGCCCCCAAAGAGAACCACACCAGUCACCAAACGCCACCCUGACAACUCAACCCCGCCCAUCUCUCUGCCCCCUAUGCUCUCUCCUGAGGAUAGAGCCAACAUUCCUGGAGGGUUCCCACUGCCCCCACCUCCUCCAUCUCCACCCCUCCCUACACACGUACCACCCUCCCCUCCCAGAGGCCACCCCCACCAGCUACUGCACCAACACUCUUACCCGUAUCCUUUGCCUGACCCACUGCCUGUCCAUUUCGACCCCACAAGCCCUAUGGAAGAGACACCUACACGUCAAGCCCCAGUACCACUGCACAUCAUGAUCCAGAGGGCACUUAUCAGCCCUGGACCUGGCAUUCCUCACCCAAAUGCCCCACACCGGGCUCACACACUGCUGUUCGAGACUCCGCCAGAAUACCAAGGAGCUCGGCCGCUGCCAGUCACCAUCCAGCCUCUAAAAAUGACUGAAGAUGACUACUCUGAUGAGGAGGAAGAGGACGAAGAGGAGGAGGAAGAUGAAGAAGAGGAUGACGAAGGAAAGCUACUUCCUGAACACCUGCCUCCCCCUCCAAUUCAGCCCGAGUUGGAACCUCGUAGCCGUAGGUGCCUGGUAGGAGACGUGAACAUCAGAAUCAUGCCAGAGGAAUCAGACAGCAGUGAGGAAGAGGAGGCAGAGGAAGACCAGCAUCCUGAAGAGAGUGAUUCAGAUGGUCCUGUACUGUACAAAGACGAAGAUUCUGAUGAAGAGGAAGAGAGUCCGCCCAACAGUCUGGCCAGCAGGGUGAAACGGAAGGACACUUUGGCUCUGAAGCUGAGCAGUCGGCCCUCGGCCCCAGACAGGCAGGCUCCUGAGAGGCAGGCCAGAGGGGAGUACACAGGUCUGUCAUGGCAGAGCAGAGAGCAGUGGGAGUCUAUCCGCACACAGAUCGGCACAGCACUUACAAGGCGACUGAGUCAGAGGCCCACUGCUGAAGAGCUGGAACAGAGAAACAUUCUACAACCUAGGAAUGAAGCAGAUAGACAGGCAGAGGUUCGGGAGAUCAAACGCAGACUUACCAGAAAGUUAAGUCAAAGACCAACUGUUGCUGAGCUCCAGGCCAGAAAGAUCCUGCGCUUCCAUGAGUACGUAGAAGUCACGCAUGCUCAAGACUACGACCGACGUGCUGACAAACCAUGGACCAAACUCACCCCUGCUGACAAGGCUGCAAUCCGAAAAGAACUAAACGAGUUCAAGAGCUCUGAGAUGGAAGUUCAUGAAGAAAGUAGAAUUUACACAAGGUUCCAUCGUCCUUAACAUCUUUCACAAGGUGGAAAGUGUGAAGCACUUGAGCGCUGGCAGCAGGUGGAGAAACUGUUUUUAGAGACAUUGUUGUAAUUUUCAGUAAAAGAACCUCAGGGUGUUUGUGCUCCCGGGCAAACUGCCUCUCAGUGAAUGUACUGUACAGAUACCUGGAACAAAUUAAGAACUUUCCUUGACUUGCUGUCAUUUGCCCUGAACUGAUGAACUCAUUUAGUUUUUCUCCCAGACGUUAGAGGGAGCUCGACAUGUGCCAACCUGGACUGCUAAUGAAGGAGCUUAAUGCAUGUAAGCGUUCUCUUACAAGAACUGAGGCUGACAGCAUGCAUUGUGAAGGACAAAAUGGUCAAAAUGACUAGACUUGCUAUUACACAGUCCUCUUCCCUUUUAGAGAAGUGUAAAGACUUUAAUAAAUAUUAGUAAUAAGGACGAUGGUGACAAUAAUAAAUAAUAAUUGUUAGUUUCUGAGGGCAGACUGAGCAGAAGUCUGCACAGAUAGAUAACUCUUGGAAAUAAUUGUGUAUGUGUGUAUAGAUUGUUGUAAUUUUCUUUUAGGAUUAUUUGGAAAUUCUAAUAUAGGAACUGUAAUGCACAAGGUUUAAUAAUAAGUUUGGGUGAAAUUAUCACUUUUAUUUAUGCCUCUUUUUUAUAUUUUCAGCUCAUUGUCAAGAAAGGUCUGUUUCUGCUUUUGUCAGCACACAUGCAUUUUAGUCUUUAAACAUUUUAUCUUCUCGUUUUAAGCCCCGUUUUAUAUUAGAGCUUAAUCAUGUCGAUUAAAUGUUAAAUCUUAAUCAUGUUUCUGAAACAUAGGACUGCAUAUUUAUCUCAAUGAGGAUACAUUAUAUUUUUAGAUCUAUAUGAAAGUCUGUGUAAACAGGGCACACACUGAUAGAGCACUAUGAAUAAAAUUGUUGUAGAGUAAUAAUAAUUAUUGGGAUUUUCUCUUUUUCUUUAUUUUAAUGUGUAUGGUACAGUACAAGAAUAACAUGCUCUGUUGUACUGAUCUGUUACCUAGAUUAAACUGACAGUUGUAAA